AGAGUGAUGGUAAGACGAAGAGGUGCAUGCUCCGAGGUGUCGCGCGGUCGACGGAGGAGUGGUGGGGAUGUUACUCCGCGCGACAAAUGGAUCCCGCGGCAGUACGUUGGCGUAGCUCGAGCGGCUCGGAGCUGGUCGGUCCGGUAUUAAAUUCGUCCUUCGGUCCUUGACCCACGACAAGGCUUAUCAUCGCGCUAAUAGCAAACCAGGCCGUGUUUUAAAUAAGAGAUUUAUCAUCUCUCAGUGUGGUACGAGAUUGUUUAAGUGUCACGAGGGUGGUGUUGAACGUUUGUUGACAAAAUUUUUCCUUCCUUUUAUUUUUAUUUCUUUUUAUACUCUCAUCUUCAUCAGAGUGAGUUCAACCCUUUGAGAAAAGCAGGUUCUCGUACAUAACCUCAUCGAUGUUCUUCUCUCGCUACCCCUUGUCCGAGGAGUUGAACACUCGAGUUACGAUGUUCUCCAUUGAUUUUUUACAUUUACGAAUUUUUCUUUUAUUCUUUUGUUAUUAUCAGUGAAAUAAUAUUGAACAUUGAAGUUAAACCAAGUGUGUAUAAACGAAGGUGGUGGAAAAGGAAGAAGAAGAAAAAAAAGAAGAAGAAGAAGAAGAAGAUAUUAGCAUUAGAACCACCACUACAAUUACCAUACCUGUUAUCUCAUUUGUAUUGAUACACCAUCGUCUUCGUCAUUAUCACCGUUAUCAUCGUCAUAACUAGAAGCGCAAGAAAAGCAUACAUCGUGUGUGUCCACGGCCUAGUGACCUGACCUUGAGUCGGCCCGACCAGGUACAGGAAUUUCAAGAAUGUGAACAACCAAACUUAACGCAAAUGCCCAACAAGGCACGGCCUCGUCGUGAGUGGUCUACCCUGUCCCCCAUAGAUGUUUUGUGGAUGCCCCGCUCCGCCAUGAGGCCGGCCGAGGGCGACACGUCGGACUGCAUACUCGUGGUCGGUAUUUCAAGGCCAAAGAUGGCCGCGGCAUUCCUCACGGUCGCCCUGUUAUCCCUCUUCCUAACCUUCCACGUGCUCUAUGACAGCGCUGUGUACAGUUUACAUGCUGCUUCAGCUGUCGAAGGACGUGCGAUUGAAUUGGUAACCCAGGUUCGUGCAACGCCACCACUUUUGUUCUCCAGUAAGGUCCAUUAUACACGUACGAGUCGUCACCUACCUCAAGCGAUCAUUAUUGGUGUGAGAAAAUGCGGCACCAGGGCACUCCUCGAGAUGCUUUUCCUACAUCCGCAAAUACAGAAAGCUUCAGGAGAAGUACAUUUCUUUGAUCGUGACGAUAAUUAUGGGAAAGGACUCGAAUGGUACCGUAGGAAAAUGCCAUAUUCCGUUAGAGGUCAAAUUACCAUCGAGAAAAGUCCAAGUUAUUUCGUUACACCUGAGGUACCAGAGAGAAUACGAGCAAUGAACGCCAGCGUGAAGUUAUUAUUGAUCGUGAGGGAGCCCGUUACCAGAGCCAUAUCAGAUUACACGCAGUUACGUAUCCAUGCUGCUACUGCUUCAACCUUGACUAGCAGCAACAACAUCAACAGCAAUGGCACCUCGUCAUCACGUAGUAGCAACGUUAUUAAUAAUCAACAAUCUCAGCAAGUUCAAGCUACGCGUAGCUUCGAGGAACUGGUGAUACGUCCUGAUGGUACCAUCAACGAAUCCUACAGGCCAGUCGCCAUUUCUCUCUAUCACACGUUCAUGCAUCGUUGGUUAGAGGUAUUUCCAAGAGAACAAAUUCUCAUUGUUAACGGGGAUCAAUUGAUCGAAGAUCCCGUACCGCAAUUACGAAAGAUCGAGAACUUUCUAGGGUUAGAGCCAAGAAUAGGAAGGCACAAUUUUUACUUCAAUCACACUAAAGGCUUUUAUUGUCUACGCAAUGAAACCUCAGAAAAAUGUUUGAGAGAAAGCAAAGGUCGUAAACAUCCAAGAGUUAGUCCAGUUGUUGUCACCAAACUCAGAAGGUUCUUCAACGAACAUAAUCAGCGAUUUUAUGAACUGGUUGGCGAGGAUCUCGGCUGGCCCGAGGAAUAGCCAUCAUAGAUAUUUCGAUGAACGUUCGUUCUUGAUGAUCUACGUGUUCACUCCCUCUCUUCUUUUUCUUUUUUUUUCAUACUAGUUCUGAGAUUAUCAUCAAACUCAAAGAUAGAGAAGAUAACAUCGUUCAUAUACCCAAUUAAUCCUAGUCGACUGAUUAUAAUCAAAUCCGCAUCAUCUACUUGCGACAAUACAAUGACUAUCCUUACGUAUUUUCACAUUCUCUACCUCGUUUAAUCAAAGAAAAGAAAAAGCGCGCCAUUGGAGCUUCGGAUAACGUGUCAAAUGAAAACUUAGACGUCCUUUAAUCGAUUCAAAAGAUACUCGCAGGCGAGAAUCUCGAAUUGCAAGUUACAAGAAGUUAUUGAACGUUGAUUGUACUAUAGUUCGUUCGAUAGAAAUUCCUACAAGAAGAUGGGACUGUGUCACGUGAUAUGGUCAUGUGACGGGACUGACCACGUGAUUUGGACGCCAUGACAGCGUCCAUCUUUCAUUCUUCCAAAACUUGACUCUAAUAUCAUGUCACGUGGCUAGCUAGAGAAUAUUUUUUGUUUAUUAAUUAAAAAAAAAAUAGGAAAUAAAGAGGGAAGGAGAGAGAGAGAGAGGAAGACGUAAUUUUGAUCAAGAACGAACGUUGGAUCAGGAUAUAUACUUCCAUGAUUCUUUAACAUUGGUGGUAUCAACAAAAAUACGGUGCUAAUGUACUACUUCCUACAAUAAUCCUUCGAUUUGUUUAUACUUCCAUACAGAAGUAUAAAUAAUUGCAUGCAUAUCGAAGAUUCAAAUACUCGUUUCGUUGUGCUCGAUUCAGAGACUUCUUAAUUCCCCUUUCUUCGAUCGUUUAUAAUUAAAACUGUAUUCGAAUCGAUUUAAUAAUUAAAAUCAAAUUAUUACCAUUAAAAAUAUUAUUGGUAUUAAAAAUCGUCAAUUAAUUUAGCAAAUUCUAAUGCGAAAAUCAAGUAGUUAAUCAUUUAAGAUUACGAACAGAGUUGCGAUAAUUGAAUUCGAAUGAAAAACGUAUUUUGUAUGUAAUUUACAAAUUUUCUGAUCAAUGAAAAUAUAUUUUUAAAAAUAGCAGAUGUGAAAUUAAACGUCAACAAAUUCAUUCAUGUAUUUCAAAGAAAGUAUUGCUAAUAAAAUAUACAUACGUGCAUAUGCAUAUAAGAGGAUCUUCUAUGUAAAUAUGUAACGGUAAUUAUGGCAGUAGACUAAGCCAACUAAUUCGAAAUAAUGAGAAUUUUAUGAUUUCUUUAUAUUAUACAAUAAAAUAAAUCAUAAAAUAUUUGUUGACUUAGGCUGUAAUUAUAAUUAUCGGCAUAUAUGUAUUCCUUUAAUUAGAAACGAUUUAAAAGGAUUAACAAUAGUGAGUGAUUCGUUUAAGGAACUCGUUAAAAGCCGUACAAAACAACGCACUCGGUUAAAUCGAGUGCAUGCGAUUUAUCUGAUCUACGAAAGUAGGAAAUGCGGAAAGACAAGAACAAAGAUAGAGACGGAGAAAGAUAGAAUUAGAGAUAGAGAAUGUGUCGGAUAGGUGGUAACCAUCUUUGUUCUGGUACCAUUAUUAUCAGCGAACCUCUCGACAAAUUCUCUUCCACUUUUCUAUUGAUCCAUCUUCAUUUCCCCGUCUCUUUCUCUUUCUCUUUCAAAAUUUCAACCUAAACGAAUAAGAAUGAGAAGGUAAAAGCAAAACGUUCUUUCAAUUUUGUUAAAUCGUUCUCGUAACGUUGAAUCGUUUCGAUCGAAUAACUUCGGAAAUUGCAACGUACAACUUGUUAGGUUUUUUUUUUUUUUUUUUUUCUAAUUCUCUCAACUCUGUUCGAUUUUUUUUUUAUUUAAAAGCAAAAAAGAAAGAAAGAAUAAGAAUAUUAAAUUUAUUUCUUUAAUCACAAGAAAGGGGAAUGUACUCUUGUGCACACGGUGGUGUUCGAAGAAGUACGGAAGCUUAUUUUCAUAGUUUCCUUUUUUUAAAACAGGACGACGCAAUGAUCACGUCUUCUUCCACACAUUUUUCAACCGUUCUUUUUUUUCUUUUUCUUUUCUUCUUGUAUAUAUGUACAUACGUACAAUAUAUGUAUUUGUCUCUGAAUCGAGCACAAUAUGGCGAUCGGCGAUAUAUAUCUUACGUACAUAAUAUAGGCUGUUGCACGUUGCUUCGGCUCGAAAAUCGAUUUUUUCAAUGCAAGAGAAGCAACGAUCCAUCGAUAUGCGCUCUGUUACAUACUCGUUUUAUUCUCAAGUGACUGCCCACAUUAACGGGUUAAACAGGAAUAAGAGAAGUAUUU